UUAAUGUGUCAAAAAAAGCAAACAGCAAAGUGAAACUGCAGCGGUGCCACUUUUUAUAAACAUGUCUGGGCGCGAAAAAGAAGUUGUGUCAUUGGCUAAAUCUGCAGCUCUAUUUGGCAUUCUGAUUGGCAGUCCUCAUGACGUCACUCUGAAUAUGUACGAAUUACACACAGGAAUUUAACACCUUAUUUGCAUACCACUUCGUAUAUAAGGCAGAUAAGUCAAGUUCUCCUCUAUCUACUGCAUUCUGUAGCUGAACCAGUCCGGUGAGCUCCCGACCAUGCCGGAGCCCGCCAAGUCGGCGCCCGCCCCGAAGAAGGGCUCCAAGAAGGCCGUGACCAAGGCGCAGAAGAAGGACGGCAAGAAGCGCAAGCGCAGCCGCAAGGAGAGCUACUCGGUGUACGUGUACAAGGUGCUCAAGCAGGUGCAUCCCGACACCGGCAUCUCGUCCAAGGCCAUGGGCAUCAUGAACUCGUUCGUCAACGACAUCUUCGAGCGCAUCGCGGGCGAGGCGUCGCGCCUGGCGCAUUACAACAAGCGCUCGACCAUCACGUCCCGCGAGAUCCAGACGGCCGUGCGCCUGCUGCUGCCCGGCGAGCUGGCCAAGCACGCCGUGUCCGAGGGCACCAAGGCCGUCACCAAGUACACCAGCUCCAAGUAGGCGCGAGCCCGCGGCCUCACUCCCGACCCAAAGGCUCUUUUCAGAGCCACCCACGUUUUCCCAUAGAGAGCUGUGCACUGGCCAGUCCAAGUCUUGAGCAUUCUUGCCAACACUCGGGAGGGGAUCCCAGAGUCCCCAGGUGGUAGGUGCAGGGCACCUCUCGGGACAAUAGUGCCCAGUACGAGGCUCCCAUGAGUGUAUGUGAGCGUGCACUGAAACCCAUGUAUGUCUCACUAUCUAAUCCCAAGCUGCUUGUCACCAUUUUUUAACGUUUUUGCAGGGACUGUGUGGGCUAGAGAAGACGCUUUCUAAAGCUUCCAAAUCGACCCUGAAA